AUGAGCUUGACUCGGACGCUGUACCGGGAGCUUCUCGCUGGCGCCAAACUCCUAGACAGUCAUGCAUCGCUGCGUGCACUAAUUUCAACAGAUCUGCGUGAAUCCUCCCUCGCUCCUGGAUCAAAGGCACGUCUUCCACAUGUAGAAGCGUUUAAUCGCUCAUUGGUGCGGUAUCUCGGAGGUCGUCACUUGUAUUUGCCCGACAUUCGGCGUCCUACGCUACGACAGCUUGUGCGUGAGGAGUUUCGUAAAUUUCAGUCGUCUACAGGCGACGUAGAUGGCAUUGACACCGCUUUUGUUGCUUUACGAGCACUUAAUGAUACGAUUGCUGAAGCUAAGGCAUUAAGGCUUCCGUUUGAAAUUCCUUUCGAUACUGACACUCUCUACGAUGCGCAAUCGGCAGAAAAUGCUGCGUCGGGAAUGUUUCUACUUGCUCAUCCGGUCUUGAAUGGAAUUUUCAGUCGAUCAGUCGUCAUUUUGACGGAACAUACCCCAGAAGGGUCGAAGGGAUUUAUUGUUAAUAAAGUGAUGGAAAAGCCGUUAGGCCGGGUGUUUCAGGUGCCGUCUCGAGUCACGCGAGCCUUUGCAACAAGCACUGUACAUAAGGGAGGUCCAGUGUCGAUGAAAAACGCAGAGGUUUUACAUGGCAGGGCAGAUUUUGGCGGUCAGCGCUUGUCAACAUCAAACUUUCCGAUGGCAGAUGAUCCUAGUCUCUUUGUGGGCGUAGAUCUUGAUGCAGCUGCAAGGGCUAUUUACGAUGAAACUGCAAAGCAAACGGAUUUGGUAUUCAUAAGCGGAAUGUCGACAUGGUCUUCUGGUCAAUUAGAUACUGAAAUAAAACAGGGCUCGUGGAUCACUGUAAAUGCACCAGUGACUCUUGCGCUUAAUGCUCGUGCAGAAUUGUGGCAAGAUCUCAUGCAGAGCUUGGGUGGUGAAUACGCAGAAAUGAGUUGCAUGCCGCCUGUCAAAGAUGAGGAAUAG